AAUCGGCCACUCUCCGACACUCCCACAAGCUGCUAAUUUACGCCCUGGGCUCACUCUCCUCCCCCUCUCUCCCUCUUUCACCAUGUUGGUGGUAUACGGAGCAGCCGCUCUUCUUGCAUUUCUCUCAUUUCUUGAAAUGCAACAGCUUGUAAUGGCAGAGUGUCCACUUGAUUUGAGUGGGUCCAAUUUUACUAUGGCAGCUGCUGCAUGUUCAAAUCAAGACAACAGAGGAAAGUGUUGUCGUUACAUCAACUCUUUGAUUGCAAUUUCCAUCUCUCGCUAUGCAAAUGCAACAGGUGAGCUGGGAGUUCCCUCAGACUUAUCUGCAAUCUGCCUCAAGUCUGUAUCAGAAACCUUAAAACUUUAUGGAAUGCCACCCAAUGCAACCGUCUUUUGUGGGGUGGGGACAAAAAUUCCAGUUAGUUAUCAGUGCACAGGCCGAACGACUGUUGCAGAAAUGCUUCAGUCCCCGAAUUUUGGAGAUGUUAUACGGAACUGUGAGAUGCCACUUUCAUUGGAUAGUCGAUGCAGGCGAUGCUUAAAUGCUGGUAUUUUGUAUCUUCACCAUCUAAUAGGAGCCGAAGACAACAUGACAUUGAGCACUUGUCGGGAUGCAUCUUUUGUUGCACUCGCAAGCCGAGGUGACAACGCGUCAGCUGUUGAUAUGGCAAGCUGUUUCUUUGGGGUUGAAGGGCUCAGCAGUAUUCCGGUGAAUAUCUCAAAACCAUCUUCACCUUUGAUUGCGCCUAAAGCUUCUCCAAGCCCGAUGUCUGCUGCAAGUCCUAGUAAGCACCUAAUGGACAUACCUUUAAAGGAACACCACCAUCCCUAUCACCUUACAUUAAUUCCAGGCAUUGGUAUUGGAGUUACUGGGGUGGCUGUUCUGCUAUUGGUGAUCUUGAUCCUUCUCAUUCGUCGUAAAAGCAGAGAACUGAAGGGUUCAGAAAAUCCAAAUGGGACCUCUUGGAAAGGCUUCCCUCAGCAGCCGAUCCGAAAAUGUCAGGAAGGUCCAUCGUCCAUGUUCCGAAGGUUCAGCUAUAGGGAAACAAAGAAGGCAACAGAAAAUUUCAGCACUGUCAUUGGAAGGGGGGGAUUUGGAACAGUCUACAAGGCUCAAUUCAGUAAUGGCUUUGUGGCGGCUGUGAAACGAAUGAAUAAAGUCUCAGAGCAAGGAGAGGAUGAGUUCUGUCGAGAGAUGGAACUUCUUGGGAGGCUGCACCAUCGUCAUCUCGUUGCUCUCAAAGGCUUUUGUAUCGAGAAACACGAAAGGUUUCUGAUGUAUGAAUACAUGGAAAAUGGAAGCUUAAAAGAUCAUCUCCACCCUCCAGAGAAAACUCCACUAAGUUGGCAAGCUAGAAUUCAAAUUGCCAUUGACGUGGCCAAUGCUCUGGAGUAUCUCCAUUUCUAUUGCGACCCACCUCUCUGUCAUAGAGACAUAAAAUCGAGCAAUAUUCUACUAGACGAGAAUUUUGUUGCAAAGGUUGCGGACUUUGGCCUUGCACAUGCUUCAAGAAGUGGUUCGAUUAGCUUCGAACCAGUCAACACAGAUAUCCGGGGAACUCCUGGUUACAUGGACCCCGAAUAUGUGGUUACUCAGGAGCUAACAGAGAAGAGUGAUGUAUACAGUUAUGGAGUGCUGUUGCUGGAGCUAGUGACUGCCAGGCGAGCAAUACAAGAAAGCAGAAAUCUGGUGGAAUGGUCUCAGAAAUUCAUGGUCACAGAUUCUAGGCUACCCGAGUUGGUGGACCCUGCAAUUGCAGACUCAUUUGACUUGGAACAGCUCCAAACAGUGGUGAGGAUUGCAAGGUGGUGCACCCAGAGGGAAGGGAGAUCAAGACCUUCGAUUAAACAAGUUCUCAGGCUGAUGUAUGAGAGAUUGGAUCCAGUACACAGUGGCUUCAUACAAGCUGUGGAAGAUGAAGAUGAAGCAAUUGGUAGUGGUGGAAGAAUUAAGGGGAAGUUGCAUGGUAAUGAGGUUAUCUUUCAUAGCGGUGAUGCAAGGUGUCUUCAAUCUUCUUCGAGCACGUCUAGAUCAUACUGUAGCAAGAGCUUUUUGCUUGAGACGGGUUCACCCUAAUCUCCAUUAAGGUGGUGGGUUUUCUGCUUCAGUCUCUUGUCAUCACAAGCUCUCAAGAACUGUGUUUGGAUUUAGCAAAGCGUGUGAACUAUGGAUUUCCCCCUGCUGAGUUACAGGUAUGUAUGCUGCUCUUAUCCAUCAAGUUCUGCUUUGCUGUCAAUGAUGUUGAGGACCUGAAGGUAUUACGAUUGUUUAAUGUGGUAAGGUCUGCAGCAUUGUCUAUGGUUUGGCAUUUCUGUUUUUUUUUUUUUUUUUUCCCCGCAGAAAAGUGAAAAAUAUAGUAUGUUUCUCGUUUUAAAUUAUUGAUUUAUUUAAAUCAUGUCCUGACUGAUUCCACUAUCUAUACUAACUUGUAGAGAAACUAUGUUUGAUUGUGUUCAACGAGAAAUAGCAACUACUGGGCUUGAUA